CGUGCCUUCCCGAACUUUUCACAUGCGCCUCGGCUCACCUUCCUCCUCCAACAAGCGCACAAUUUCAUCCCACCACAAAAUCUUGGCGCAUCUUCAACUCAUCUUCACCCACCACUACUACACGACGACGACACCCUCUCCGCCCGGAGCGCAAACACCGCCAACACAGCGACGCGAAGAUAUGGGCACCCCCUUCAUCCACCUCGCGCGCCCUCUCGCCCCGGCCCCCGUCUCCACCACCUCCCAUAACGCCCUCACAGCGCCCAUCUCCAUCUCCCUCCAACCGCAAGCCCUCCUCUCCAUCCUCGACCACGCCUCCCGCCGCCCCGCCGCCCAACCACGCGUCAUCGGCACACUUCUAGGCACCCGAAGCGAAGAUGGCAGCGAAGUCGAGAUCCGCGACUGCUACGCCGUGCCCCACACAGAAACCACCGAACAGGUAGAAGUGGACAUGGACUACCAAAAACGCAUGCUCGAGCUACAUCUCCGCGCCUCCCCCAAAGAAGUCCUCGUAGGCUGGUACGCGAGCACGCUGGAACUCGACACUUUCAGCGCCCUCAUCCAGAACUUCUACGGCCAGCAAGGCGAAGGCACAUGGCCCUACCCGGCCGUCCACUUAACCGUCUCCACCGAGCCGGGCCAAGAAGUCGAAACGCGCGCCUACAUCAGCUCAGCCAUCGGCACAACCCUCGAGCGAGCAGGAGACUCAUGCCUAUUCAUCCCCGUCCCCUGCUCCGUCCGACAAGGCAGCGAAGCAGAACGGGCAGGUCUGUCGCUCAUCGCCUCUGCCAAAGAACGCACCGAUCGCACAGUUCCCGUCUCCACCGACCUUGAAACACUCGAAGCCGCGAUCGAACAAGUGCUGGAAUUCCUCGAGCGCGUGGCGAAUUACGUGAGCGAUGUGCUGGACGAAGAGAAGCCGCCUUCGACAGCGCUGGGACAGUAUCUGUUGAAUAUGCUGUCCCUCGCGCCAAAGGUGGAGCUAGAGGAGAUUGAGCGCAGUUUCAACGAGCAUGUGCAGGACGUGCUGUUGGUGGGUUAUUUGGCGAAUACGAUUCGCACGCAGAUUGACCUUUCGAAUCGCUUGGCUACGGCUGCAAUAACGAUGGGUGGGGGUGGUGCUGCUGGGGGUGAAGGAGGAGGUGGGGGAGGUGGUGCGGCGGGUGGGGAUAGAGAGCAGAAGGGCGGAGAGAGAGGGCAGAGGAGAGAUAGGGAUCGGGAUGGCAAUCAACAACGCACUGGACAAGCUGGCCCGGGAGGCCGGCGGGGUGAGCAGUAAACACUGGUGUACUGAGGCUGCUGAAAGUGGGCAAGAAGAGGGGAGAGAGAGAGGGACGCAACAGCAGCAGCGUAAGAGGAGUGACUUGAGCAAGCGCACACGCUUACUUGCUUUGCUCGGCGGGUUGAAAUCCGUGGUACAGUAGCAUCAGCAUCAGUCAUAUAUCCGAGCAAUGGCGCCCAGCAGAGGGGCCGGUUUCGUUCAACGCGCCGUUACGGAUUCCGAUGAUGCAUUAUACAUUUGCUUGCCAUUCUACGACGUGCUUGCAGAGUAGUGAUUGUAGGUCGUGCGUUGCCAAGCUUUCGUCUCGUGAUGGGCCCGCGUAGCCAGAUGCAAGCAAUAGCAGCGCGCUCAAUAUCUCCAUCAUUCGUUCACUCACUCAGUGCAGAUAGGACAACCGCCAUCAGUGUGGUUGCUUGUGCUGAGGACCAUCCCAUCCACCCAGAAACGCCCUGCCGAAAAGGCAUCAACUCCGCCGCCA